GUAUAUCAGUGCUAUUAUAAAUAGAGAGGCCUUCUCUUUUUGCUUCUCACUCUUCCACCAAACACUCUCUCUCUCUCUCUCUCUCACACGCUUUUUCUCUCUCAAAACCUCGAUCGAAGAUGGUGAGUGCCGAAGCUGCUCGGAAUGUCGUCGGUAUCAUCGGGAAUGUUAUCUCCUUCGGCCUGUUUCUUUCCCCAGUCCCAACGUUUUGGCGAAUCAUCAAGAAUAAGGCGGUGGAGGAAUUCAAGCCAGAUCCUUAUCUAGCAACAGUGCUUAAUUGUGCGUUAUGGGUGUUCUAUGGGAUGCCCUUUAUUCACCCUGACAGCCUUCUUGUCGUCACUAUCAACUCAGUUGGCCUUGUUCUUGAACUCAUUUACCUCACCAUUUUUUUCAUUUAUGCUACUAAUCAAGGACGUAAGAAGGUGGUGACAUGGCUAUUUAUUGAAGUUGUCUUCUUCGGCGCUGUUGUUGCCAUAGGACUCUUGGCUUUCCAUGGCACUACAAGAAGGUCUCUCUUUGUUGGGAUUCUUUGUGAUAUUUUCAACAUCAUAAUGUACACUUCUCCACUCACUAUCAUGUCAAAAGUUAUAAAAACAAAGAGCGUGGAGUACAUGCCCUUUUACCUAUCUUUGACCAAUUUCCUCAACGGUUCCUGCUGGACUGCUUAUGCCCUCAUCAAGUUCGAUAUCUAUGUCCUGGUAAGCAAUGGGCUGGGUGCAAUUUCUGGUGCUGCUCAACUCAUCUUGUACGGAUGCUACUAUGGUACAACUCCUAAGAAGGGGAAACAGGGCAUUGAUGCUCCAACCAAGCCUGCUGCUGAAGUACAGCUCUCAGCCGCAGACAGAGUUUGAUUUCAUUAACUCAACCCCUUUUGGGCGUUUUAGAUAUUUAGGCACAUAAUAGUUCUGUUUUUCUUUUUUAGUUUUUGAAUAUUUUUCGGUAUUUGAUUGUAGAUAGAGAGCUCAUAGCAAUCUCUAUGUACAAAUAUGCUUUUUUAGGUCCUUAUUUCGACUCAAUAUUGUUACUCCUUUUUCUUUUGAUAAUAUGAUUUUAGUUUAGUUGAGUUUAUUCUA